UACAUAUUCUUCUUCUUCCUCCUCCGCCCUCUCAGCUUUGCUUCAACUCCAUAGCCAUAUAGAAAGUUUUCUCUGUUUCUGCAGCGCGCGCGAAGAAGAGAAUUGAAGAAUGAAGAGUGGAGCGGUUGUAGACGAGGGAUACAUAUACAAUGAAGAGAAGCAUCUCACUGUUCUCAAAACUUCCCUUUUCUUCGCCGGCGACGGCUUCUCCGCCUACGACUGCACCGGCCAACUUGUCUUCCGUGUCGACACCUACGGCCCCGACUCCCGUGACCGGACCGAAGUCGUCCUCAUGGACGCCGCCGGAAAAUGCCUCCUCACCGUCCGCAAAAAGAGGCCAAGUCUGCAUAACAGAUGGGAAGGGUACUUAGGGGAGAGAAUGGAGGGGGAGAAGCCAAUCUUCAGCGUGCGGCGGUCGUCGAUAAUCGGACGGUCGGGCGUGACGGUGGAGGUGUACCACACUCCAACCGAAGAGUACCACAUCGAAGGCUGCUUCGCGCAGCGGAGCUGCACCAUCUACGACGCCGACAAGCAAUCGGUUGCCGAGAUUCGCCGCAAAGUUGACGCUUCCUCCAAGACGGUGCUCGGUAAAGACGUGUUCUCGCUCACACUCAAUCCCGGCUUUGACGGGGCCUUCGCCAUGGGGCUUAUCCUCGUGCUGGACCAGAUCGACGGCGAUGAACCUUUCCUCAACGACCACGAUAAUAAUCGGGUAGACGUGGACCCCACCUGUGUUGAACCCACCAUUUCUCCUUGAAAUUUCGGAAUAAAUCUUGUAUAAAAUAGUCUCAUUUGAAAUAUGUAUUACAUUU